AUGCAAAGGACGAAUGCUACGAAAGACGAGUCCGUUAUCCAGCAAUACUGGCUUAAGCAACUACCGGAAGCCGCACGCGCCGUCAUCGCCGGUAUGCUCCAGGCGCAACCAAGCACGCCAUUGCAUCAACUCGCCAUUAUCGCUGACGCGGUACUCGACGCACUAAGCCGCGAUACGAACCUAACAUCUCCGGCUAAAGGAGCUGGGGUCAACGCGAUUGAAAUGCCAGCAAACCGGGUGGCCUCUCUAGAAAAGCGGAUCGAGAAACAAGAUGCCAUCCUCGACAAUAUUAACAGUAAGUUGAACCAACUGACUCUCCGCCAUCGCAGCCAACAACGCGAACGUUCACGCAGCAACGCGAGACGCUCUAACACACCCCGUGGUACUACAAAGGCGGACCAAUAUCCGACUUGUUGGUAUCAUCGCGAAUACGGAACGCAAGCUCGUAAGUGCCGCAGCCCUUGCGACUUCCCGACGAAACCCAAAAAACUGAGCACUGCCGUACAGCCUAGGCUCGAAGGUUACGGCAGAAUAGAAUCAUCGGGCAAUCAGUCACAAUGCGAAUUAGAGGUAAAGUUUUCAGAAUUCACAAAAUCUUAA